AUGGCCUCGUUGCCGCUGGGGACCCAUCAUCUGCCAGAGCAGCCGCCGAACCUACAGCCGGAGGCGAUACAGCAGCACCAGCACCAUCAACUUCGUCAGCAGCAACAGCUUCAGAAUGAGGCCUCAGUGAAGAUCCCUCCUCCGCGAUCGGAGAUGGGCAACGAGAAAAUGACGGUCCGCGUUUCUUCCCUGACUCUUUUUCUUGUUUUGGUGUAUUUAGUCUCUUAUGAGCUCUUUUUGUUUUUUUGAGUUCACUGCAAGAAGAUCCCUACGUGUUUUCCAUCUUCCCAGUUUCUCAUUCCACGGGAAUCAUCAGCGUCUUUAUCUGGGUUCGUCUUGCUGAUCUCGUCGGAUUUGGGGGAUUCUGAUUUCUUCUGAUGCUUUUCUGCGACACCUCAGAACCACAGGAGAGUCCAUGAGACGCAUGCGUCUUUUCUACUUCUAUUGCCUUCUGUUUUUGUUCUUUUUUUUAGCUCUUUUAAAUUACGGAUCAUCUUGCCAAUGAUCCCUGGACAACUCAUUCCCCUAAUUUGAUUCUUCAUUUUCCAGCGCCAUACUCUCUCCCUCGUUUUCAUCUAGGAUUUGUCAUGUCUUUCCCUUUCUUUUGCCUCCUUUGACUUUUCACCCCCAAACCUUCUGUUGUUUCAUCUGACAUGUCGCACUGAUGUCAUCCUUCAUAUGCACUUUCAGAUAUUGCUUCGUUUUGUUCUGCGCCAUUUCUCUUCUAGGGGCGUCUACUAGUAUAAAGAUGAUGGUUAUGUUAAGUGGCACGAUUUCCGUGGAGUUAUUGUAUGAGCUAUUUUUGUUUAAUUGCUGUAGAAUUCUCAGAUUUGCUCAGUCAGAGUGGUGACAUCGUACUUGAUCAGCCUCAUUAACUCUUUGUAGCUCCUUGGUCUCCUUUUCAAACUUGAGAGCAAUUGAUUCAUUCUUUCAAUGCUUUAUUUUUCUCCAUUCCAUGCCUAUAUGGAUCAUUUUGCACUCUUAUCGAAUUGGCCUUUGAUGUUGCAGAAAUGCUUCAAAACUGUCUGUAUUUUUUCAUAUUUUGAUCCUUUUGCCAGAUCUAUAUUUUUAUAACUCCUAAUGUAUUUGUUCCUAUUGGAUUAUGUUUAUUUCUCUGGAAUUUUACCCAAGGAGGCUAAUGGUUAGGGUGAAUUUUUUUGCUAUAGAAAGCAUCAGUCGUCGAGGGAAACAAUCCACUUACUGGCCACAUAAUUUCUACGACGAUUGGAGGAAAGAAUGGUGAACCCAAGCAGGUAUCCCUUGAACCAAAUUAACUGGCGAUAUUUUCCCGUGAAGCUUUUGCUCAGCUUCUGUUCCAACGAUCAUUUUUUCCUUGAUUUGAUAUUCUGCCUGAUAAUAACCUGAUCUACUCUUUCAUUGAUGCUUUUCUUUGUUUAUUGGGGAAAACGAUUUCUUUUGUGAUAAGUCCCCACUAUUUUGCUUGCUUGCUUUUAAUCACAAAGUCGCAUUUUGUUUUCCUGCAGACCAUCAGUUACAUGGCAGAGCGGGUUGUGGGAACUGGGUCUUUUGGUAUCGUCUUCCAGGUCAUCCUUAGUGAUCUGAUCCCUUCUGCUUAAUAGCUGAAUUUCAUCUUGGCUUUUGUAAUUAUUAUUUUGUUACAGGCCAAGUGCUUGGAAACUGGGGAAACUGUUGCUAUUAAAAAAGUCUUACAAGACAAGAGAUACAAGAACCGUGAGCUCCAAUUGAUGCGUUCAAUGGAUCAUCCAAAUGUUAUAUCUUUAAAGCACUGCUUCUUCUCCACCACAAGUAGAGAUGACCUCUUUCUCAAUUUAGUAAUGGAAUAUGUUCCAGAAACUGUGUAUCGUGUCUUGAAGCAUUACAGUAAUGUGAGCCAGAGAAUGCCACUUAUAUAUGUCAAACUUUAUAUAUACCAGGUAUAAUGUUUCUUUUGGCACACUGCAAUAGUGGUAUAAUGUUUCUUUUAAACUCGUUGUGGAUUCUCAGCACAUAGGCCCAACCUGACAUCCUUAAUUGAGUAUCCAGGUUUUUAGGGGACUGGCUUAUAUCCACAAUGUUCAAGGUGUCUGUCAUCGUGAUGUCAAGCCACAGAAUCUUCUGGUAUUUCUUUCGAAAUUGUUUUCUGCAUUAGACAUGGCUUUACCCAAACGACGCUGAUUUUUUUUUCAUUGUUUUCUAUGAACUAUUUUUUACUUUGAAAUUUUGAAUAUGCAGGUUGAUCCUCUCACUCACCAGGUGAAACUUUGUGAUUUCGGAAGUGCCAAAGUGUUGGUAUGUGCUUAUAUACUAGUCUUCCUUAUGCGUAACAUGUCAGUUGCUUGGGAAUGGUUGAUGAUCAUAGUCAGAAGUUGUGGGAGAGAGAGAGCACCGUGGAUUUUUUAGGCUGUCUUUCACCCAUUGCCGGUACAAUAAGUGAAUAACUAAAGGUUUUGAAACAGAAAAUUUAAAACAAGGAAAAUCCACAUAUUACAAAUGAAUAUAAUAUUUAGCCAUUUUAUUUAUAAAUUCGCAAAAUUCAUCCAUUUUGAUGCUUAAAAUUAGAAAUUCUUCAAUUUGUUUGAAUAUGCCCAUUUAAGUUUUGCUUUCAGCCCUUUUUGAUGCUUGCAUGUCCAAAUAUUCCCAUGCACUCCAGCUGUGUUGUUGUUCAUGUGUGUAAGAUCUCUUGCAGAAAUUUCCCAACAUUAAUGGAACAGCACCUUCAUGUCUAGCUGAUGAAGGCUGUUCUGGUCUCUUGUAAGGGCCAUUUUCGCUAUUUCCGCCUCAUUAAUUGCUUUCAAAUAGUUGAAAGUUCCUUAUGAGCAAUCUACUAUAUGUGGUGAAACUUGCUUAGAUAACCUGAGCGAUGGAUAGAGUGAGUCUGCCGUCUUUCUCCCGCAGGCUUGAUCAUUCUUCCUGUUUGUUUCAGUUACCCUUCUUUAAGCCUAUGUGAACAAAGAAAGGAGACGAAUUUUAUGUUUUCAUGAGAGGAAAUGAGAGAGGGUAGGGAGAGGGAGUGGCCUCUUCACUGAGGCACGUUACAGUCUUUUUCAUUUUCUAGUGAAGGGUGGAAUUCAACCCAAGUUCAUCUUUUAUCUGGAUAAAUUGAUUGAAUUUGAGUUUCUCAUACCAUAUAAAGGAAUCUGAUAUAUUACAGCCUCAUUAUGCUACUAAUUCAUGUAUAUAUGUAUGUAUGUAUGUUAUGACCUCUUCAUUAUGCUACUAAAUUGUGUCUGUAUGUAUAUGUAGCCAAGAAUAAUUCAAUAGAAGCCCGCAUAAAACCAACCACAGAGUUGUGUACUUAAAUCUUUCAAAGAUAUGGUUUCGGCGUCAUUCUGCUAACUCAACCACGGCUGACUCAAUCUCUCCGGCUAUAUUUAACCAGGUGAAGGGCGAGGCAAACAUAUCGUACAUAUGCUCUCGCUAUUACCGGGCCCCAGAGCUCAUAUUUGGGGCAGCGGAGUACACAACGUCUAUCGACAUAUGGUCAGCUGGGUGUGUCCUGGCGGAAUUACUUCUUGGACAGGUCAGGCUUCGAUGAACACCAGAGAUAUAAAGCCUGGCAGCCAUUCUUCUGAUGCUGAUGCUGAUGCUGAUGCUGAUGAUUUUGCCUUUUUUGGAAUGUUGACCUUUCUGUGGCAGCCACUGUUUCCUGGGGAGAGUGCCGUUGACCAGCUGGUUGAGAUAAUCAAGGUAUUGAUUGCUCACUCGGACCAUGUGGAGAUGGGGAAUGCGGUAGAUCCUCCUGAGUUAUUAACAUUUACGACCAUCCCAGGUCGUCGGUACCCCAACAAGAGAAGAGAUACGAUGCAUGAAUCCCAACUACACGGACUUCAGGUUCCCCCAGAUUAAGGCCCAUCCGUGGCAUAAGGUGCCCAUUCUCCCUCUCUCUCUCUCUCUCUCUCUCUCUCUCCCCCUCUCUCUCUCAUGGUAGGCCUCCCCCAGGUUUUCCACAAGAGAAUGCCUCCAGAGGCGAUAGAUCUCACGUCGCGACUCCUUCAAUACUCGCCGAGCCUUCGUUGCACCGCGGUCAGUUUCUCCUCUCCUCGAUCCUCCGCACUCUCGGGUUCCUGCUACUUACUAUUUACUCGUCGCAUUGUCCCAUCCGAUGUACUGAAGAGAUCUCCACACAUUGUUGGCAUGGCAGCUAGAGGCAUGCGCCCACCCGUUCUUCGACGAGCUGAGGGAGCCCACCGCCCGUCUGCCCAACGGCCGUGCUCUGCCCCCGCUAUUCAACUUCAAACAGGAGGUAUCUUGAUCUCUCGAGCCUUCUUAACUACGGCAACUGGCCUUGGGCUGACCUCAGACAGCCAUUUCCUAUUGGGUCUGACCUUCCCUUUCUAAAUAGCUGGCGGGGGCCUCACCCGAUUUGGUCAACAAGCUGGUCCCGGAGCAUGCAAGGCGCCAGGGGGGGCUCGGCCCCUUCCAUCCGGCCGCCACAUGA